AUGGCCGAUUUAAAGGACGAAGACAGCCAAGCUUUAUCAGUGCCAGCUCACGUGAUUGAAGAAGCCUUCAGCUCCAGUGGAGAAGAAAAUAGAUGCAAGGUUUGUUUUUGAGUGAAGUCAAGGAUAUCUAAAUAUAUGAAAAAGCAUUUCACAUAUAUGCAAAAUAUUCAGUUUUUCAUCUUUGUUCUUGAAAAAUCUCCGAUCCGGGAAUUUUUGAUCAAAAGAAUUAGACAGAUUAGAUCAAAAAGUUGUCGCAAGAAGAAACAGGGUUCAGUAGAAAAACUGGUUUUUCAGGAAACAUUGCUUAAUAUCUUUUUUUUUCCUCUUUUUUUACUUUUCCAUGGCUAAACCUAAAAUUUGGAGCUCAGUUUUUUUUAAGGAAAAUAUCACACGGCGCCUCGUUCAAGAAGGAUGGGAAGAGAAAACACGAGAGAAUAUCAUCCAAACAGUUAAGGUAUCAUUUCAAAGAACAAUAGGAGAACAUUUCAAUCUAUUCAAAAGUCCUUGCUGGGUUUUCUGAAGGAAAAUUCAUUGCGACGUCACGCUUGAAUUCACAUAAAACAUGCGUCCUGCCGCGAAGACGCGCAUUUUCGAAAGUCUCAGCAAGAAUUUUUGAACAUAGUGUAGGUUUUAUUAUUGAAUAAACAUGGUUUCAACUUUUUCUCACUAAUCCAUUCAUGAAUUUUAAAGUCCUCCGUAUCUUUUUUCAUUUAACCUCAGCUUUAGUGACUCAGAAACUUAAAUAUUUCUUUUCUGAGAAUCUUUCAAAUAAACAAAUAAAUAACUUUAUAUUAGAGUUAUUGAUGAAAAAUAUUCAUAUUUACAUGUAAACUUGAAAGAGAGGCUGUUAUUUUCUCUAGAGGUAAACCUCGAUUUUUUCAUUUUCUCAAGGAGUUGGGCGACAACGCGACAAUGAAGGAAGUGUUCGAAGCCGUCAAGGACGACUGCAGACGUCGGGUCCCGAGCAGCGUCAAGAAAGAACUGUUCGACCAAGUCCACGCUUUCGUCAUCAAGACGAAUAAACAACACGAAUAG